CAAAGUCCUGCACCCUUCCACAAAAAAGCGAACACAAUUCCCAAAAGACACGGCCACUCCAAUUAAGCAGCCUUUCGAUAGACAGACGCAGUCAUGUUUGAGGGGUUUUCGCUCCGUCACAUCCCGGGCCUCAUUGUGGCCACAACAAUGACCUUCGGUGGUAUGUGGCCAGCCUUCGACGCUCCCGGGGCGAUGCGCGAGUUUGGCUUCCCAGCUCGAAUAGCCAAUGCGCCAGCGGCUGCCCCCGUCAUGGUCGUUGGCCAGGCUCGCGGUACUGUUAUCGGCCUCCUGGUGUUCUUGUUCUACUCACGCAACCAGCUGGAGUUGGUAGAUUUGGUUACGGCUGUGACAGCUGCGUACUGUGCGUUGGUAGACCUGUAUGUGGUUUGGAAGGAGGGCGAACGUCGCAACGCGGUGUUCCGCCUUGUCACCUCCGGGAUGCUUGCUGUUUGGGGAUACGCUGGAAUGACAUCGCCUAAGGUCUAGUGGAUCUACGGAAUUGCUUCUGGCCUCUGAGAACGAAAUGGCUUUGCGGCGGCAUGGGCUAUCUGGUUUUGUUCUUGAUUAGCAUAUACCCCGAAGACGAAUAUGGUCCAUGAUACUGUGAUAAUCACUGUGAGGG